AUGGAGGAGGGCUCCAGCUCGCCGGUGUCCCCCGUGGACAGCCUGGGCACCAGCGAGGAGGAGCUGGAGAGGCAGCCCAAGCGCUUCGGCCGGAAGCGGCGCUACAGCAAGAAGUCCAGCGAAGAUGGCAGCCCGACCCCGGGCAAGCGCGGCAAGAAGGGCAGCCCGAGCGCGCAGUCCUUCGAGGAGCUGCAGAGCCAGCGCAUCCUGGCCAACGUGCGUGAGCGCCAGCGCACCCAGUCGCUCAACGAGGCCUUCGCCGCGCUGCGCAAGAUCAUCCCCACGCUCCCCUCGGACAAGCUCAGCAAGAUCCAGACGCUCAAGCUGGCCGCCAGGUACAUAGACUUCCUCUACCAGGUCCUGCAGAGCGACGAGAUGGACAAUAAGAUGACCAGCUGCAGCUACGUGGCCCACGAGCGCCUCAGCUACGCCUUCUCCGUGUGGCGCAUGGAGGGCGCGUGGUCCAUGUCCGCCUCGCACUAGCGCCGCGCCUCCCGCCUCCGGACCCGCGCGCCAGGACCAACCAUGUGUCAGAGGCACAAGCAGAACUGGGAUGCGUCAGUCCACAACUGUGACUUCCGACACCUGAACACCCUCCAGCCAAGCUUCCAGAGGGUCAGCAGUGACGUUGGACAGCAGGCCCGGUUCCGCCUCCUUCUCGGAGACGGUCUCCACAUAGGAAGGGCACUCUCUCACUCUGCCCUUCCUGCAGGUGACCUUCAUUCACAUUGUCAUCUCGUCACCCUUUGGAUUUUCUUUCUGAGUGUUAGUUGGGGGUGAUUUUAAUCUUUCUGAAAAUCUCUAGAUCAGGAAUGCAUUCAUGAGGAUAUUUUAGAUUUGUAUUUCCUUCUAAGUGCCUUUAUAAUGUAUUUUUUUAAUAAAACAGAAAUGCAUUCUUGUAUGAUCUGUUUAAACUGGACCAAGGCUCUCAGAAUAAGAACCCGGGAUCCCUUCCCCCAAAACCUCCUCAGCAUGACUGUUUUAAGGAAGCCUGGAAUUCUCACCCUCACAUUUCCACUCUGUUUCUCCAUGAUUUGCUCAGCUAGCCAGUUUUUAUACUCCCUAUUUCAGUGUAUAUGUUGCUUGUUUGUUUAUUUAUUGAGAUAUUUUUACCAGCUAAGUGACUGCCCUGCGCUGUGUAUACUGCCCUGCGCCCAGGAACAAUAAAGACGCCCUUGCAUCUCU